UCAACUAAAUUCACCAUUUUAUACUUUGCAUGUUGGAUUGUUCGAGUUAGUAAAAAUGUUGUAAAACUCUAUGUUUGUGUUUUAAAGAUGCGUUUUUGUAAGUUUGCUACAAUUUUAGUAUUUUCUUCAUUAGUUGUGCUAGCCUUUUCUCAAGAUGAAUUUGGAUGUCGUGAUGAAAGAAACGAUGUAGUCGACUGGUUUUUGGUUUACAAAUAUCCAAUUAGAACAAUUCAUACUAAUGAGUUUGUCAGAGAAGGAAAGGGUCAUGCCUACAUAACCUCUAACAGAAUUUCAAAUGUUUGGACACAUUCUGGAAGGUCAAUUGAAGAUGAAAAUAACAUUCUUGGAAAUACCUUGUCUCCAUUAUAUAAGGAGGAACAAAGGAAGAACCUGUUGUACUUUAUGUACAAUGACCAAACCCCCACUCACACUUACCAAGGGGGAGGACACGCAAAGGGAGUUAUGGCCGGUGACAAAAAAGGAGGAUUCUGGAUGGUCCACAGUGUUCCUAACUUUGUGGCCAGUGCCACGACCAACAAAUAUACCUACCCUAGUACAGAGCUGCAGUUUGGACAGAUCUUCUUGUGCUUAUCACUCAAACCUAAAAAUCUGGAGACGGCAGGUAAAUUGAUGCGGAUCAAUAGAAUUCAAAUAUAUGAGAAGUCAAUUCCAGCAGAUCUCAAGGCCAAGUACCCAGAAUUAGUUAAGACUGCAGAAGAAAACAUGUCAGCUGAAGAUUGUUCAACCCAAAUGCCCCGAGGUUCGCCUAAGCCUACAAAGGAAAAUUUCAAAUUACCAGGAAAUUUGCCUAUUCGUGUCUUUGCCAAGCCGCCAUGCCAUACAAUUCCUAAAGGUGAUUUUGAUAUCUACAGUGAUUUUGUAGUUCCGGAUCUGAAAGUCAAUAUGCUGGUUCAAACGAUGCCAAUGGGAGAAACUCCCCAAGGUUCCAGCUGCGACGGAACAUACAAAUUGGUGAAUGUGAAGGAAACCAGAGUUGCUGGUGUGCAGAUUCCUACUGAAGAUGACAACUCCAAAUGGGCUGUCUCAGAUUCACAGGCAAAACCCUGGAUUUGUAUUGGUGACAUAAACAGGGAUCCUUCUCUGAAGAGACGUGGCGGCGGGGCUGUGUGUGUUAAAAAUAAACCCUUGUGGGAGGCAUAUCAUAAAAUUGUUAUCGAGAGAGAAACUUGUUAAAAAAAUUGAAUUAACAGAUCUCCAUUGAUUUAU